AUGUCUGCCCAACGUCAAAUAUUGCUCGGACACUUCAUUCCACCUCAAUUGCUGGCCACCGCUUUCAAAUGUUCACCCUCGACACAAUCAUUGACUAAUAGUCGAAUCGGAGAAUCUCAUCGAUCAAAUAAGAAGAUUAAUACUCCAGUUAAACGAAAAUCGACUUCAAUUAAAGAAUGGCGCAAAUGUAUGGUGCACUUUGCACCAUCUUCUCCAGCUCCCCUUUCUCCAACUUCUUCUGUGCCACCAAUACCUGGGACGGAUGCACAGAAUGAAGGAAUAUUGAAUAACAAGGCAAAACCGAUUGGUGAAUGGCAUAAUAAGUCAGCCAACUUCACAUAUCCAACCGCUCAUUCUACUUCACCAAGUUCAACUACAUCGAGCAGCAGUGAGCAACACAAUGUGCAGAAAUGCACCUGCUUCGAAGAUGACACUGACGGACCACUUCCAUCUCCUCCGAAAUCUCUGUUCGACCGUCCGAUUGAGUUUCAUCCCGAUUACGUCGAUGGAUAUUUUGACGAUGAUUUUGUUUAUCGUCCUUAUCCGGAAUCGAAAUGA